AUGGUAUCAACAACUGAUAUGCUAGAACUAUUGGUUGUUCUAUUAACUAUGACGGGAAUAGUGGAAUCUGUUGGCAAUGCUUCUCACAAAUUGGGAACAGUUUUCUUAAUUACAUUUGGAAAUGGUUCCAACCUAGAUUCUAAUAAAACACCUUCUGAUUUUAAUUUCACUACAAAUCAUAGUCAGCAACAUACAGAUUCUAUCGAAUCCGGUAAUUUUGGUUUUGUCAAUAAGAUUGCUAAGAAUAGGUCUUCGUGGCAUAUUGGUGCAUUGGAUCACACAAAGGAUGAUGAUGGUGGGUACAUGUUUCUAGUCGAUGUGGGGAAUGAGAGUCAUCAACCACUUUUCAACUACAAAGUUGAUAAUCUUUCGCGCGGUGUUUGUUAUGAAUUUUCUGCUUAUAUCACAAAUGUUGUCAAAAGUGGAGCAAAGCAGGCAAAAUCAAAUGUACGAUUGGAAAUUCGGGAAACGGACAAAAACGACACUUUGAUUACUCAAACAUCCACAGGCGAUUUACCUGAAUGUAGCAAUAUGAGUUGGUCAAAAUAUGGUAUUUCAUUCGUACCAACAAGUACUUCAGCUGCGCUGUUGGUGGUUUCAAACGUUUAUGAAACUAUGGGAAAUGAUCUUGCCAUCGACGAUAUCGAACUACGUGUUUGUUCAGAUUCUGUUGACCAAUGCGCUGAACAGGAUACUCAAGAAUCCACAUCAAUGUUCUUGAUUACAUUUGGAGAAGGUUCCAGCACCUAUUCCAAUAAAACACCUUCUGAUUUUAAUUUCACUACAAACCAUACGCAGAACCUUUCAACGCCCACUGAAUUCGGUCAUUUUGGUUUGGUAAAUAAAGUACCCGGAAAUGUCGGCACAUGGCACAAUGACUCAUUGGAUCAUACAGUCAAUGAUAAUGGUGGAUAUAUGUUUCUUGUCGAUGUUGGGGAGGAUAUUCAUCAACCACUUUUCAGCUACAAAAUAAUUAAUCUUUGUAUUGGUUUAUGUUAUGAAUUUUCUGCGUACUUUGCAAAUGUUGUGAUAGCGGGACGAAAGUACGCUAAGCCAGAUGUUCGAUUAGAAGUUCGGGCAACGAAAGAAGAUGGCAAUUUAAUUGCAAACAGAAGUACAGGUGAUAUACCAGAAUGUAACAAUAUGACUUGGUCAAAACAUAGUAUUUCAUUCUCACCAACAAGUAGUUUAGUUGUAUUAUUGAUGUUGUCAAAUGUUAACCAACAAAACGGAAAUGAUCUGGCUAUUGAUGACAUCGAAUUACGCGUUUGCUCAAGAAACCAUUCCGGUUUUUGCCCUCCAAAAACUUCAACAACAUCAGCUGCUACUGUUUCAACAGCAACAUCUUCACCUACAUCAACUUCAACUACGACAACUACAACCAGCACUUCAUCGACUACUACUCAACACAUCCGGCCCGAAAAUUCCGUGGGCCGAAAUUCAUGUAACCCAUACAAUCGCCCAAAAAGCUGUCCAAAUGCAACAUGGAACCAAGAUGGAAUCACUGUUAUCAAUCAAUCAUUAAUUGUUUAUAACGCUCGAGGCAUCUUUGUUGAUCAUAAGAAUACUCUCUAUGUGGCUACACAUGCUAAAAGUAAAAUAUUAAUAUUGUUUGAAAACAGUACCAAACCUGAGGAAAAAGAUGUUUCACUAUCACCUCACACUGGCAUUUUUGUUGGCAUCAAUGACGAGAUCUAUUUCGAGAAUGGCAAUGGAGCGGGUCGGAUCGAAAAGUGGCUGAAGAAUUCAAACACUAGUGUCUCAGUAGCAUAUUUCCCAGGAAACUGUUAUGGAUUAUUUAUCGACCAUAACAAUAGUCUCUACUGUUCUAUGAACGAAACAGAUACAGUUGUUAAGAUGUCACUCAACGACAAAACUAGUAAAAUAGUGAAUGUAGCAGGGACUGGUCCCAAAGGGUCAGCCUCAACCGAGCUUCACACACCAUGGGGAAUAUUUGUUGGCCUUGAUUUCACCCUAUAUGUGACUGAUAAUAAAAGCAAUCGAAUUCAAAGCUUUCAACCGGGAGAAAAUAAUGGAACAACGAUAGCAGGGAAUGGAACUCCAAACAAUCUUCAAUUAAAAAAUCCUACGGAUAUCAUACUUGAUACGGAUGGGAAUUUAUUCAUAGCUGAUAAUGAAAAUCAUCGAGUUAUUCGAGUAAUUCAUGAUGAUUAUCAGUGUGUAGUUGGUUGCGAUAGCAAUUCAAAUUUGGCAUCCAGCAAGUUAAAUAAAGCAUAUGCUCUUCGUUUCGACAGUCAUGGAAACCUGUUUGUUGCUGAUGAAUAUAAUCAUCGAAUACAAAAGUUUACUUUAGCAACGAAUUUCUGUGGUAAUUCCAAUUGA